GUAGCAUAUGGGAAAAUGUCAACAUAUAGCGUCGUUAUCCGGAGUUAAAGUGGAUGUGGUGCGGUUUUACUCGAACUAAUUACACUUAUAUUAAUAUUAAAAAUAUCGGAUUUGUCCACCUCACCAUAUUUUAUUUUCACUAUACUGUUGCCUUAAUUUGAAGAGUCCGACGGAUGUGUUGCUUUCUCAUGUUUGCUAACAUGCUAAUUUGGCACCGUGUGUAGAGAAGCAGCUCCGCCGAUGUAAACUUCAUUCUGACUGAACGGUGUUGAGCCUUUAGCCGUCCUCGCUAAGAAGUUUUCAGUGGUCGCUGAGCAUGGCGGACCGGGAGGAGCGCCGCUUCGCCGAGAUCUCCCGAGAGUCUGUCAAAUUCAUGGCCGAGAGUACAGGCGUGGAGCUCGGCGACGAUGUGGCGGGUCUGCUGGCCGAGGACGUUUGUUACCGGCUUCGGGAGGCGACACAGAGCAGCUCACAGUUCAUGAGACACGCCAAGAGGAGGAAGCUGACGGUGGAGGACUUCAACAGAGCUCUGCACUGGAGCAAUGUGGAGGCAGUUUGUGGCUACGGGGCCCAGGAUGCUCUGCCUUUCCGUUCAGUGAAGGAAGGAGAGCUGUUCUUCAUCGAGGAUCGGGACAUCAACCUGGUCGAACUGGCUCUGGCCACCAACAUUCCCAAAGGCUGUGCUGAGACCAUGGUACGAGUGAAUGUUUCAUAUCUGGAUGGGAAAGGCAACCUGGAGCCUCAGGGGACCGUUCCCACUGCAGUGCAGUCUCUGUCAGACGACCUGUUGAAGUACUACCAGCAGAUCACACGGGCCAUCCUGGGAGAGGACCCCCACCUGAUGAAGGUGGCUCUGCUGGACCUCCAGUCCAACUCCAAGAUCGCUGCCCUGCUGCCAUAUUUUGUUUAUGUCAUCAGUGGGGUGAAGUCAGUGAGCCACGACCUGGAGCAGCUCAACAGGCUCCUCCACAUGGUGAAGAGCCUGGUCCAGAACCCCUACCUGUACCUGGGCUCGUACGUCCGCAGCCUGGUCUCCAGCGUCAUGUACUGCAUCCUGGAGCCGCUCGCCGCCUCCAUUAACCCGCUCAACGACCACUGGACCCUGAGAGACUACGCCGCCCUGCUGCUCAGCCAUAUCUUCUGGACUCACGGUGAUCUGGUGAGUGGUCUCUACCAUCAGAUCCUGCUGUCGCUGCAGAAGGUUCUGUCUGAUCCAGUGAGACCACUCUGCUCCCACUACGGAGCCGUGGUAGGGCUCCAUGCUCUGGGAUGGAAAGCUGUGGAGAGAGUUCUGUUUCCACACCUUCCUGCCUACUGGGCCAACCUGCAGGCCGUGUUAGACGACUACUCUGUAUCCAACGCUCAGGUCAAAGCAGACGGACACAAGGUGUACGGAGCCAUCCUGGUGGCAGUGGAGCGGCUGCUGAAGAUGAAGGCUCUGUCCCUGUCUCAGCCGGCAGACGGAGGCUCCAGCGCUCAGACCAGCUCUGUGGGCGGAGCUAUAGGUUACAGAGUGAGCUCCCCCGGCCUCAGCCCCCCUCCAGAACCUCUGUCCGAGGCCACGCUAGGAAUCGCCAGCCACCUCCAGGCGGGCGGGGCAGGCUGUCCCUGGGAGGAGUGGACCCCCGUCCCCCUCCCUGCCAUGUACUGUGAGCUCUACUCCUUCUUCGGAGACAGCCUCGCCGUCAGGUUUAGUACUGGACCGGGGUUCGGCAGCUACCCCCCCUGCACCCCAUCCCAGCUCAGUGAUACCAGGAAGGAGCCUCCGGGCCCCGCCUCCAACCCCGACACCGCCCGAAAAAUGCCACAGCUGACUGCCAACCUCAACAUCAGCCCCAGGCAUGAUGGGAGUCCUCGCACCGACCCGGCCCCGCCCAGCCUGGCGGCCACAGGAUCAGGAAGGUCGCUGACCCGCUCCUCCUCCUCCGUGCAGCGAUCCAGAUCUUCCUCUUCACGCUCGGGUCAGCGCUCGGCAGGUCUGUCCCGGGACGUUUUCCCUAAAGCUCGCUUCACCUCUCCUCAGACGGGACCCACGGCCUUCUCCUUUCUCAUUGGUGGCCGACAAAUGGGCCGUCGCUGCCAAGGCCGCCGCCCCUUCCAGACCACUUUCGCCCCAACUCCACCUCUCUCUGCCAUCCCACCACGUGCCUACGCCCACAAACUGCCCGUCAUCGGCCGGGUGGGCAAACCUGUCCGCCGCUGGGCGUGUUCCCAUUACUCCCUUCACCUGCCUCUGUAGAGAGGACGGACGGAGACGGACCUCAGACUGCUGCACUGCACAGCAGGGCUUCACUGCUACAAACAUUAUAUUCAUUUUUGUCAUCCUGAAGUCUUCUGUGAUGUUUUCAGAGUUGAACUGUAAAGAUUCAGUUUUAUUAUCAUGGUGGAAAAUGACACAUAAUAAUCCACUGAGACAGUAAAGGUUCAGACUGACUUAAAGCCACAAUGUGGAGGAGUUAAAACAGUGAACUCCUCCACCCUCCACCCCCCCAUGUGUGUGACCAGGAGACGAUGUCAGCAGCUCAGACUGCACCAAACUCUUCACCGUCAUCACCAGAUUCAUUUGAACGAUGCUUCAAUCACACAAAAACAUCUACAGAGUUUAAUGUGAAGUGGGAAUACGUGAGCUACUGAGAAGAUGAUCGUACAGAAAGAAAAAACUGAAAAUAAAUAAAACACAAGCAGAUAAAAAUGUAACUUUAGACUCCAUCCAGCUGUAACUUUAACAGCUGGAUGGAGUAACACGCUGCUAAUUCAAAUAGGCUAAUGCUGAGUGUUUAACCAGUACCUCCAUCACAGUGUUAAAACGCUCAGUGUCAAACAUCAGUUUCCCUUUUGUUCUGUAAACUUGUCUCACAGUUUUCAGUUUUUCCUUUUCAUGAGUUUCACAUUGUUAAAUAUGUUUUUCUCUCCAGCUGUUUGGAAACUGAAACUUUUACUCAUAAGCUUUUCUCUUCUUCACUUGUAAAGGAUUGAACUCUCUCAGCUGCCAUAGUUUUGACUUAAUCUUCCUCAAAUAGUUUUAAUCGCCGACCCCGGUGGUGUCACUCCAUCACUCAUCAGAUCACUCACUCUUCAGUAUUGACACUGAACUGACUAAACUCUUCACACUGACGUAAAGAAACAAAGAACAGCAGCUGAUUCUCAUCUGAGAAACUGGAACCAACAAAUAUCCACCAAAUCUGAUUGAUUUAUGACUCCACUGAUUAAUUAUCAAAACUGUUGAUUAGUUUCCUGUUGGGCAGCUAAUUGGCUGCUCAACUACUUAUUUAAGCAGGAGACUCAGAAUUAGUUGAGGGGUCUUUUCUGUAACAGUUGCAUCAUUUCGGUGAAUGGAUGUGAUGAGAGGAGCAGAAUGUUUCAGUCUGAGCCUGAACCCUGUCAGACCUGAACCUCAUGAACCGGAUUCUACAAACACAGAAAAAGAACACAGACUGAUUUUCAGUGAUGGAGGAUAUUUGUAUUAUUUGUGACUAAAGUCUUGGAACAUGUAGAACAUUCAGUCCUGAAAGGAUUUGAACAAGUUUGUAAAAUUUUCGUAGAAUAAAAAUAUCUGUUGUA